CGCACAGGGUGGCUGCAAUGGCGUCAGAGUGUGUAGUGAGCAGUAAUAUUACAGAAAUGGAACUCAGGAGAAAAUUAAAAUAUUUCUUUAUGAGUCCAUGUGAGAAAUAUCGCACUCAAGGAUGCAAACCGUGGAGACUCUUCAUACAGAUCAUCAAGAUCACCAUCAUCACCAUCCAGUUGGUGUGGUUUGGACUGAGUAAUGAAAUGAGUGUAAUCUUCAGAGAGGAAAACCUCACGUCCUUUAAACACCUUUUCCUGAAAAAUUAUCAGGAGCGAAAAGGCAUUCAUGCAGUUUACACCAAACAGGACAUGCAUGAACACAUCAACUUCAUCAUCAUGAGGUAUCUAAAUCUGCGGGAUGUGACCGUGGGCAAUCAGGCAUUUCAGAGGGUCAACAGCACAGACACGCCCCUCGCGCUCUGCCAGAGUUUUUACACUCGUGAAAAAAUCUCACCUGAAAAUCUCACCUUCAGCAUCAAUCCCAACGUGCAGACAGAGUGUGUUUACGUUUAUUCCACAAAGCUGUUCAACAUCACAGACUAUUCUCUGGAUUUUAAGAGACUUUUAUCUCUGGACGUUCACAUGAAUAUUAAGGCCAUUAAUCUGCAGACCGUUCGCCACGAUGAACUCCCUGACUGCUACAACUUCGGUGUCAUGGUGGUGUUUGAUAACCGUGCUCACAGCGGCCGUAUUAAAGUGUCCCUGCACAGCAGUGUCCACGUCAGUGUUUGUACAGAUGUGGAGGUCUCUGGAUCCAAUGCAGUGAGCCACUUCCUGUUGAUGCUGCUGUUUGAUUCGCUGGUCAUUGUUGUGUGUUUGUUGUCUCUGGUCCUCUGCACACGCUCAGUAAGCGCUGGCAUGCGCCUUAUCACCGAAUACACUGCAUUCAUUAGUGUUAAACGAGGGAAUUCGUUAUCAUCAGCAGAGAGAAUGGAGUUCAUUAACGGCUGGAACAUUUUAAUCAUCAUCAGUGACAUACUCACAGUUAUGGCAUCAUUACUGAAGAUCUGCAUACUGAGCAAGGAGUUGGCUAAUUACACCGUAUGCAGUAUUCUGUUGGGGUCAGCAACUCUACUGGUGUGGAUUGGAGUUCUACGUUACCUCGGAUUCUUCCAGAAAUAUAACAUCCUGAUCCUCACCAUGCGGGCAGCACUCCCCAGUGCUCUUCGGUUCUCCCUCUGUGCAGUGAUGAUUUAUCUCAGUUACUGUGUCUGUGGAUGGAUUGUUCUCGGUCCUCACCAUGACAACUUCCGGUCCUUCCACACAGCAGCGUACUGUUUAUUGUCCAUGAUUAAUGGAGACGAGGUCUACUCCACCUUUACCAAGCUGAGGGAGAGGAGCACUCUGGUGUGGUUCUUCAGCAGGUUCUACAUCUACAGCUUUGUCUGCAUCUUCACCUACAUGGUGCUCAGCCUCUUCAUCGCCAUCAUCACAGACACCUACGAGCUCAUCAAGAAGCAGCAGCAGGAUGAAGAAGUGCUCUCUGACCUGCACAAGUUCAUAGCUGAGUAUAGAGAGGUUUCAGCACCAGCGACAGACACAGACAUGCUAAAUAAAUAGUGUGUGUUAAAAGGCUCAAUGCUGGGAUAAAGAUACUGAAUCAUCUGAUUGGACUGAACUUUUUUUUCCCUCGGAUCCUCCACAGCAGUGUGGAGUUCCUCUCUCUGGAGGUCUUUCUCCAGCUGCUUUUUUGUGCCUUUUUAGAUACGUCUGUAACACUAAACCCUAUAAUCAUGCUUUAUAAAUAAGUAGAUAAUUUAAAUUAUUUGUACUGUAUUUAUUAACAGUAUAAAGUCCUUUCAGUGUAAAAUAUUCUGUUUUCUUUUUUUUUCCUGAUGAAAGUGAGUUAGGAAUGAUUUCUGGUGAAAUGAUGGAUGAUGUUCUUCACUGAGGCUAAUGCUAACGUUACUGAACACUAUAGGUUUAUCCUGGGUUUAUGAGGAAUGUGUAGCUCAGUGGUAAAGGUGUUGGGCUCCUCAUCAGAAGGUUGUGUGAUUGAAUCCCAGGACCACUAAGUUGCACCUUCUGGGCCCCUGCGUGAGGCCCCUAACUCUCAGCUGUCUAACUCUUGCUCUGGAUAAUGUCCGGGUCCACUGCACCAGGGCUCAAACCCAGAUCUCUGUGGGAACCAGAGAGCACACUGUGGAAAUCAGAUGCGUAGGAUUAAACAAAGUGCUGCUUUAUUCACAGGGGACAAGACUAAAACAAAACUAAACAUGAUAAACUAAACACAGAUGGUCAGUCAUACUGACCAACAAACAAACAAUGACUGACAAAGACAAAAGGGCUCAUAUAUAAAGAGCAAAACAUCAAGGUAAAUGGGGAACAGGUGACAAGGCAGACGGGCAGGCAGAACAAUAGGGAGGGCGUGGCACAAAGUACAAGGGAAAAUAAACAAAAAAGCAGGCUCCGCCCAUUCAACUGCCAGCACCCUCUCCAAUGGUCUGGCAGGGAACUGUCCCAGUGAUUCCUGACU